GCCGCAUUAGGUCUCUCGGCGGCGGCAGUGUAGCGUCGUAACUACGUGUACACGUCAUCCGGACGAGGGCCGCCGUCACCGCCCAAGGGAAGCGCACCGCCCGUUCACCAGCCCGCAUCGCCGAUAGCGGGCCGUAGAUUAAGUCCGCGCGCGUGCGCAUGUUCGUCGUCCUUGAAGCGCGCAGGCCGACCGAACAGCUGAGGCGAUUCAGCCGCCCGCCCGCCCGUCCGCUACUCCGCUGGACAAGUUGUAUUUAUUAUUACGGCGCAGUUGUUGGUUUUUUUUUAUAUCGUUUUCCUUUUUCCCGUACCACUUUGGCUCGUCGCGCACCAGUCGAACAUUAUAUUAUUCAAUUUUUUUUAUCCUUUGCCUUGCGAUUUAUUUUUAUCGUUUCCGAGUUCGCCUUUGAAGCCGUGCGCGAGUGUCGCGUUUGUACAACCCUAUCCUAGUGAUCUUAAAAUAGCGAGUAGACGACAUUAUUCUGACACACAACCUUUGGGUCUGCUCAAACUCAAUUCGUCACGUCCGAGUUGUUUUUCAGAAAACAGUCGGGAAAAGCGGACCAUGUCCGACGGCGAAGGUUCGGCCCAGACGGCCGCAGUAGAGACGGGCGGCCAGUCGGAAAACAUGACGGUGGCCAUGGAUGGCCAGCAGCAACAACAGCAGCAGAACGUGUCCAUCACCAAAGACGACGGCGAACCGAACCCAAAAAAGGCCAAGCUAUCAGGCGGCGGCGGAGGCGAAGUUUUCGGCCGGGGCGGCGGUGGCGCGGACAAGCAGCACUCCGCUUCGGACAAGCUGGAGCACAGGCUGGGAGGCAUACUGUGCUGCGCCGUGUGCUUGGACUUGCCCAGGUCGUCCAUCUAUCAGUGUACAAAUGGACAUUUAAUGUGCGCUGGAUGCUUUGCUCAUUUGUUGGCUGAUGCACGUUUACGAGAUGAAAUGGCCACAUGUCCCAAUUGUCGUGUGGACAUUGCGAAAAACACAGCCACACGUAACUUGGCUGUUGAGAAAGCAGUCAGUGAACUACCAUCAGAGUGUCAGUUUUGCGCCAAAGAAUUCCCACGUAACACAUUACAACAUCACGAACAACAGCUUUGUGCAGAACGACCAGUAAAAUGUGGAUACAGUAAGAUAGGCUGCCCUUGGCGUGGACCCAGUCAUGAAGCAUCUGAACAUGAAAAAGUGUGCCCUCACCCAUCAACUACGGGAAAAGAUGUCAUGUCUGCACUUGAUGCUAUGGACCAAAAGUUUCAGGAAGAGAAACUUCUAUAUGACACCAUAUUUGACUUGAUGAGUUUUGAAAAGAUAACAUUUAAUGAUUUGCAAUUAAAACCAUACCGAACAGAAGAGUUUGUACACAAGUUGUACUAUGAGACUGCCAGAUUUUCAGCGUUCAAUUUUCAGUGGGUUGUCAAAACCCGCAUCAAUAACAUGCAAAGAGACCCAGCGUUAAGUGUUGAUCGUCACAUGUCAUACCAGCUGAUUCUGAAAACCAAAAUCCCCACACCUAUGUCUGUCCAUUAUCUAGUAGUUAAAGGACCAUUUGGUGAUAUGAAGGUGAAUCCGAAAAUAUAUAAGUUUGAAUUCAACGAGAAUGAAACAGAAACACAAUUUGUAACAUUGCCAUUACCAGACUCAGCCGAAUGUAAUCGGCUGUUAGCUGCCAAAACUAUCAACUUGAGGUUGAUCAUGUUUUUGGUGUCGAAAUAAUCACAAAUUCAAUACAUAUAAAUAUAAAUAAAGUAAUAUUUAAUCAUCAAAAAGCUGUUUCCACUUAUAUUAUUGAAAUGAUUAUUUUUUUUUUUUUCAUUAUUAUUUACCUAGGCGUAUAUAGAUAUAAUAGUUUUUUUUAAUUAACAAAGCGUAUUAAGCUAAUUUUUAAAAGUUUUAUAGUUUAUUUUUAUCUUAUUAUUUUAUUUUAUGUUAUUGUUGACGUCAUUCCCCCAUGGUUUCACCUUGCCCUACUGCACGUUUAUCUUUCCUUAUUGUAUUGUAUUUUAAUAUUUUAUUGGACAUAAAUAAAGUGACACAUCAAAGUUAUUA